UUAUUGUUAAUGGAAAAAAUGUCAGAAGUUCAGAUUGGCAGAGUUGCAGGCUGAAUGCAAACGGCGGGGAAUUAAACUUGUAAAGCUUGAUUUGAGCCGCCCCAUUGAAGAUCAAGGUCCCUUUGACCUCAUGCUGCACAAGCUGACUGCUCUCUACGCCCAAGCUCUCAAUAAUGACCCAAAGGCUCUACUUGCAAUCAAGAGGGUUGAAAAGUACAUUAGUGAAAAUCCCAAAACCUUCAUAAUGGAUCCCAUCCCUGGGGUAUGUCAGCUUCUCCAAAGGGACCAGACUUACCAUCUUUUGCAACAGUGCACCAAGGAGGAUGAUAAAGUUUUCACUCCUACUUAUGCCAAGCUGACAACCACAGAUAUUCAGUUAAACAAAAAAAUGCUUGCUGAAGCCAGUGUGACUUUCCCUAUGGUUUGUAAGCCGGUUACUGGAGGUGGGACUAAGGAAGCCCAUGAGAUGGAUGUGGUAUUUAAUGAGGCUGGCAUUGCUGAGUGCACUUUGCCUUGCAUUGCCCAGUCUUUUAUCAACCAUGGAGCAGUUCUGUACAAAUUGUUUGUAUUGGGACCUGUUUGGUUUGUGGUGGUUCGUCCAUCACUGAAAAACUUCUAUGCAGGAGGAUUGUGACAGUUCUUCGUGAUGCACUGAAAAUGGAUCUUCUAGGUAUAGAUGUUGUUAUUGAAAGCAGUACUGGCAGAUAUGGCAUUAUUGAUGUUAAUGCAUUCCCAAGUUAUGAUUCAGUGCCUAACUUAAUGAAGCACUUGGUGGACCUUCUAAUCAUGAGAAUGGAGCCAGUUUCAAGGAUACCUGAAAAUAGCCAGACAUCAGGUCUUCUUGCUUCACCCGAAUUACCUCAGGAAGAUUCUGGUGUCGACACAGGAUAG